GAUUACGUCAAUGCGACUCACAUAUGAUCAGCCACAUUUUUUGAACAGUUAUCCAAUAUGAAUGAAAUUAAUUUCUUUAAUUCACUGGAAGGCAGUGGUGAUACGUUACCAUCAUAUUGUGUGUGCUGUCUUGAUUAUAGUUCUUUACCUAUUAUAUUAUUACAUAGUCUACCUGUAAAGGUACAACGUUUAAUUUUAAAUCGUCUAUCUCGUACAAAUCUACCACAAUUUAUUCUAACAACGCAUAAAGGAGGCCAGUGGUCUUUAGUCCAAUUACAUUAUAUCAGUAACAAUAAUAAUAAUAAUAAUAAUAGUAAUAAUUCGCAAGCGAUUCCAUCAAGUUCUACUCCAUCCCCAAAUGAAUCUCAUAUAGCUAAUUCUGAUAUGUUGAACCAUCCAAAAGAUGUUGAUUCAGAUGUUAGAUCAUCAUCAUCAUCUGUGUGUACAAAUUAUGUUUCAUCAAUUGAAUUCAAUCUAGAUUCAUAUACUACUGCAUAUUUUUCUGAUUCUUAUGUGAAAUUUAUGUUAACAACUAAAACAGCAGAUAAAAAUUGGCAUUGUCCAUUUUGUAAAGCUUGUUACAAUCUUAUUAACAGUGAUCAAGUGAAUAUUUUAGAACGACAUUUACGCUUACAUGCAGAAAUUCGUUGUUGUAUAGAUUGUUUAACUAUAUUACCAAAUAAUACAUAUUUACUUCAUAAUGAAUCAACAUAUUUACAUGAUUGUAAUGAAUUAAUUAGUUCUCAAGUCAAAGAUGAUGAUCAACAAUCUCAGUGUGUUAAUAAUAAUUCCAUUGAUUUACCUCAUAAAGUAGUAAAUUUACCUGUAACCGAUCUUAAACUAUCCUCUCAAUCGACCAUUUCCAAUUCAAAUCUUAUUCGUAUAAAUAAUCAUAGUGAUCAACUAGAAACUAUUGAUGCAUUUUCCACAUGUCGUCACCAUGAUAAUAAUCAAAUUCAAUCUAAGAAAUGCAAUACACCAUUGAAUUCGAUUGGUAAGACUACAUCGCAUACAUAUUUCAAUAAUGGGAAUCGGAGACGAAUUUGUACAAAGUGUAAAAUCAGCUUUAAAACACCAGCACACUAUCAACAACAUUUGAAAAAUGUUCAUCGUGGUAAAAAGUUUCUUUGUCAAGAUUGUGGCGCCUUGUUCAGUACAAAAGGGAAUCUAACGACACAUUUUAAUCAAGUUCAUAAUCAAAAUGCCAGUUUACCUUGUCCGAUCUGUGAAAAAUAUCUUAGUAAUAGAUUUAAUCUAGAUCGUCAUAUACGUUUAGUUCAUUCAAAUGAUGAACUUUCCUCAAAUGUAUCAUCCCUAAAAACAAAUAACAACAUCUCAACGUCUGAAUCUAAUGAAUGUACAAAUUUAAAUAACUCAAUGAUUGUUUCUAAUUUAAAUGAACCUACACGUGGUUAUUAUCUUUAUUUAUCUGAUUCGAAUUGUCAACAACCAAUCAAUGCAACCACACCAACAACAUCAUCAUCAUCAUUAUACAUUGAUUCCAUUGAAAAUACACAACAACAAUCUGUAUUAGAAUUCAUUUCUUCUUCAACAAUGAAUUCAAAAUCUGUUUCAUUAGUAGCCGAUGUCAGUUUAACACCAUGUCUUCCAUCUAAUCCAGAUGCUCAACGUGGUGUCGGUGGUAGAACAUGGAAGCAAAAUAUAAAUAUUGUACAAUCUACAAAUUGUAUUUCUAAAAAUUCUGAUUCAUGUUAA